AUGGAAGAACCGCAAGUCAUCCCGGAAGCUUUCCCGGCUCAGUCCAAUCAGGUGCAGGGCAACAUCGACGGGAUCCCAACGGAAGCUGCAGUUCUUUACUUCGAAGACAAAAUUUUGGUAACUCUAUCACAAGGCGGCAGCCUCUCACAAUGGAUCCAAGUACCGCUCUCCGCGCCGUCAGCAGCCAGCGUGGACAUGGCCCUUGCGGAUGCGAGUCUGCUGCCCCUGACCCAUCUUACGCCAAAGACUCUGCUCGGUGGCGGAGGUGAGGACCGCGAGUCUCUGGGGCAGCUCUAUGCUGUGCAGAUAGCCAGCCACAUCGUUCGACGAGACAGCACAGAGAAGCGGAUGCUCGUCGUCGGGCUGGGCAUACCACAGCUCAAGCCAGAGCGCGAGGCCUUCUUUGACGUGAUAGAGCUUGUGCAAAAAGUCAUGGUAUGA